UAAAAAAUUCCUUUUUAGCUUAAUAAAAUUGUUUAUAGUGAUAAAAUAUUUAAGAGACUGUUUGUUUCGAAAUUGUCAAUUAUAUGGAGCAUCUUUCGAAAUUUACACCUCAGUUCCAUUUGGAGUAUCCUCAAGUUUGAAUUGAUUAUCGGGUACGAGAAUGGAGGAGGGUGGUCCGAGUCGAAGUGGAGAAGAACCCGUAUCAUGGGAUGAGCUUUACAAUGUCAAUCUAAUGCCUUCCGAGAUUUUUCUCAAGUUCAGAAAAGAAAUACAGGGCUAUCGAGUUGGCGUUAACUUGGAGUUUUACAAUGCCCCAUACAACGAGUAUCUCACUAAGCUGGUCUUAAAGCCUUUAGCCCCUGAACGGAAAUGGAAGUUCAUAUAUGAGCCUUUGCAUCAUGAAGUACGCCUUCUUUCCAAGAAAAUCCCAGUGACAAAAUUUCUAAAUCUUCAGGUCGGAGUUGGGCAUAGCUUUCAGCUGCAUGCCACGGGUUGGAAAUGGAAGCUCACUUCUUGUUUCGGUGGAGAUGGUCUCUCCAGCAUCCGGAAUAAAACAUCACUUGGAUUAUGUCCUGGUGUGGAUUUCCGUUUUGGAUGGAAAGCAGAUUUUGAAUUUCCAGAAGUUACCGGGGCGUUAGGCACUGGUGAACCAUUGUUCAAUAUGAAUUCUGGACGAUUACAAGCGUCACUGGAUAGAGUGGAGGCCAUCUUUUCGCAAUAAGCACAAUCCAUAGCUGGACGUGGAAGUUGUUAUCGACAUUUCACAACAAAUUAUCGAGCUCCUAGAAAAUGUUGAAGAAUUGAAUGAGGGAGAGAUGUUGUGCAGCUGCAUGAGAGUACGAAUGGAAGGAGACAGAGGCGGAACCAGGAUUUUUUUCCAAAAAGUCUAUAAGCAAAUUAGUUUUGAGGUGAAGAAAUUUAAUGUAUAAAUGAAUUAGCAUAGCCACAUAAUGUUUUAAUUUUUUCCAUUCAAGAAUUUUUAUUGUAACUUUAAUAAAUUAUUCUUAUUUUAUAUAGUAAUUAAGAGUGUAUUGAUACAUAUAUUUCAUUUGUAUUAUGGAGAGGUUUUUGUUGUUUCCUAAA